AUGGUGUACCCUGAAAAUGUCGGCAUCAAGGCCAUGGAAAUCUAUGUACCAGCACAGAAGUACCAAGGCGUUUCAGCUGGCAAGUACACCAUUGGACUGGGCCUCCAGUACAUGAAUUACUGUACCGAUAGAGAAGACAUCUGUUCUCUAGCCCUGACGGCUGUGUCUUCUCUGCUCCAAAAGUUCAACAUUGAUCCCAACUCUAUUGGACGUCUGGAGGUGGGCACCGAAUCCCUCAUCGACAAGGCCAAGUCUGUCAAGUCCGUUCUCACGACUCUGUUUGAGCCAUCCGGCGAUACAAGUAUGGAAGGAGUUGACGCCAUCCACGCCUGCUUUGGCGGCACCAAUGCCUUGUUUAAUGCCAUAAAUUGGGUCGAUUCUCGUUCAUGGGACGGUCGGGACGCUAUUGUCGUUGCAUCCGACAUAGCUCUCUAUAAAGAGGCUUCGUCGCGUCCAACCAGUGGCGCUGGCUGUGUCGCCAUGCUCGUCGGCCCAAAUGCGCCGCUAUCGUUAGACCCAAACCUGAGAGGUGUCUACAUGACUCGCGCUUAUGAUUUUUAUAAGCCUGACGUCAAAGUCGAAUACCCUAUCGUUAACGGCCACGAACCUAUUGUAUGUUACGUCAGCGCAUUGGAUGGAUGCUACAAGAAUCUGCUUCAGCGUGUUGAGGCCGCUAGAGGCAAGUCUGAUGGCGAUGGACCCAAGAAUGUGUCCAAGGUCCUUGACCUCUUCGACUACAUGGCGUUUCAUACCCCCAACUGCAAACUGGUUAGCAAGUCAUACGGCCGACUUAAGUAUAAUGACUGCCUAAGGUCGACCGACGAUGCUGACUGGAAGGGCAUUUCUGAUGAGCUCCGCAAGCUGGACUACCAAGAAUCCUUGAAAGACAAAGCUCUGGAGAAAGCCCUCGUAGCUGUGACGAAAGAUCAGUUCAAGCAACGAGUUGAGCCGUGUAUUGCCGCACCUUCCUUAUGCGGCAACAUGUACACUGGCAGUCUCUUUUGCUCUCUCAUCAGUUUAAUCAGCAACAUUGAUCUUGCAGCCGUCGAAGGCAAAACCAUAGGCAUGUUUGGUUAUGGAAGUGGCAUUGCCAGCACCCUCUUUGGCCUGAAAGUUACUGGUGAUCUCACCAACAUGGUCCAAAAGAUCGACUUAAUGGAUCGUCUGAAGCAGCGACACAUCUCGACAACCGAGGAGUACGAAGAGGCCUGUGCUCUUCGAUUGAAAGCCUAUGGGUGCAAGAACUUCAAGCCUGUCGGCGACGUAGCCUCCCUGGCACCUGGAACAUAUUACUUGGAGAACGUCGAUGAAGCAUAUCGGAGGACUUACGCCAUUAAGCAGGGAUAA